CCCCCCACUCUGCCAGUUGGAUGGUGUUCAAGACGGCAGACGUUGGGAAGGCAGCUGUGUUGGGUUUUGGGAGGAAGAGAUCGAUGAUGGAACUGCAAAAUUUACAGGAAGCACUCAAAGUGGAAAUCCAGAUCCAUCAGAAACUCGUGAGCCAGAUGAAGCAAGAUCCACAGAAUGCAGAUCUGAAGCUGCAGCUCCGUGACCUGCAGGCCAAGAUCACAGCGCUGAGUGAGCGGCAGAAAAAGGUGGUGGAGCAGUUAAGGAGGGAUCUACUGGUGAAACAGGAAGAUAUGAAGCUGCAGACACUUCAAGCCGAUGGGCAAACAUCUACCUUGCUCAUCACACAGACACCGACGCCUCUGCCUGCUGCCAGCCUCACUGCUCCACAGAGCUCUCUGGCCCCUGUCAUUGCUUCAAAGACUCUACCUCUGGUGCUGAGAGCUGCCACACCCACCUCACCUAUCAUCAUGACACCAGGACCUACUAUCACCGUGGUUACAACCCUUGGCAACACACUCCUGGCAAGCCCUCCUAGCUCAGAUCCUCAAAAGUCCCCAGUAAACUUCCAACCAGUCAUCCAAACGACCGAUCAGGGAGCAGAGCCGGUGCGAGUCAUACCCAAUAGCACUGUUGUUGUGCAAGCUGCCUCCCAACCAAUCAAAGUUCCUCAGUUUGUUCCUCCAGUCAGACAGACAACUCGGCCAGCCACUCUACCGCAGGUCAGGCCAAAACCUCCAGUGUCUUUGUCUCCAGCUGCUGCUCAGGUUUCUGUGCACACCUUACAGUCACCGGUGUUACUGAGCACUGCCCUCCCUUCCUCUGGUCACGUCCAGCAGAUGCGUAUCCUCAAUGGCCUGCCCUGCCCCAACAGCUGUAACAACACAAGCAUCCUGAUCUCCCCAUCUACACACACGCAGAGACACACACAGCAACACACACAGCAGUUACCUCACAACAGCCCAAGCUCUGACAACACGAUACCUGCAGUGGAAUAUGGGACAGAGCCAAAGACUUCAUUGCUCAUCUCUCCAGACACGCCUACACACACUUCACCUCCACUGUCUUUAGAUACGCCAUCUUCACCUGCCCCCACCAACACACACACUCCUGCGUCCAAACAUCAGGAGAGCCCUCUGAAACUGGCCUUCAUGUUGUCUCUGGGACUGGUCACACGCGACUAUCUAGAAGAGAUUCAAAGCAGGCGUCAGGAACGCAAGAGACGAACAACAGCAAAUCCAAUAUAUAGUGGAGCCAUGUUUGAACCAGAGCGGAAGAAGAGCUCAGUGUCGUAUCUGAGUUCCAUAAACCAGUCUAGCAGGAAGAGAGCCAAUGAGGACAGCUUGUCAGAGAUUCUGCAGAAGGAAGAUGCCAUUGAGUGGCCAGGGACUCUUGCUAUUGUCCAUUCCUACAUCUCCUAUAAAGCAGCUAAAGAGGGAGAGAAAGAUCGUCUGAAGAGAUGGAGCACAGAGCUGCAGCAGGAAAGAGAGACGCUGGAGCACAGAAUCGGACAGCUCAGCGACUCUAUAACGAGCUGUGUGGACGGCAAGAACAGCGUACUGGCCCAGCAGAGAGAGAUGGAGGCUUCGCUUGAGAAAACGAGAGGGCUGGUGCAUCUGAUCAGAGGGAUCCAGUUGUCUCCCUUCAUCUGCCCUGAGGUCAUGGCUAAUGGAGAAACCUCCCACAAUGGAGCUUCCAAAUCCAGUGCGGUCACCACAGACACAAACAACAACACAAAUACCCCAACAAGCUCCUCAGAAGCGACGAUGAUAAUUAGCACUCUCACAAACACGAGCGAUACCUUAAAGCAGAUCGCCACGAAUAACAACCCAGAGGCUGCCGGUGCAAAGAGCGAAGAGGGCAGAGGGGAGAGCGCUCAAAUCAACAGCACGUCCAGAAUCAAGGGCGAACCCACAAAUAUAAAUGCCGCAGCCUUCAGCAAUAACAGCAGCAACCAGGCGGUUCUCAGUACCAAUGGAACUGUGUCCACAGGGGAGGAGAAUACAAAAAAACAUAAAAACAACAAAGACCUCAGCGUCAUCCCACAGGCCCUCCUCGGCUCAAUCAUGCCCCUUACAGAAGUGACAGAGGGGGUGAAAUAGCAUCGACUACCACGCCACAGUUGGGGCCCAAAGCGUGCCAGUUAACAGUGUUGUUGUUUUGUGUUGUUGUUUCAUCUCUUGUAUCUAUGAGGGAAAGAAAAUCCAUAGUGCCAUUUACUACAUGCAGGAAGGAGGUUCCUAAAGUACCAGCAAUGUGUAUGCUCACGUAUGCACACCGAAAAGAUUUCUACAAAGAAUAAUGAUAUAGAAAAGAGUAAUAAAAUUUAAAGAUAUCACACCAUUGUGUGCCUGAUACAGUUGCCAUAGCACCUCUGAGUGGGAAAGCUUCUGAAGGCUGGAUCGGGGUGAAGGUCUCGUCCUGCUAGAUGAGUAGUGCAGCUUCCUAUCAGGUCCUGUAGCUCUGAUCUGAGACAUAAGAUAUGACGUGUUGAGGAGUUCAGUGUCCGUUUUGUCUGUGAAACACAACUGAGGUGCAGUUGUUUCAUCUAGUUUUCAGUUGUUGUGUCUCCAGGGCAGAACAUGGAGCGCAAAAACAGGUUCUUUGUCACACACUGACAGAAAUACAGGUCUUCCAGGCGUUCUUCUGGAGGUUUAACUAUUUUCAUUUGCAUUUGUCUAUUUUGUGGUGUUUUUGAAAAACCGAAACAUUUCUGUAAAUAUGUUUUGCUAUUUUUUACAUAUGACCUUAUUUAUCGUUUUCUUCUUUCUUACAAAAAUAUUCCGUAAUUCUGUUCUGCCAAAUAAUCGAUGCCACAGGGAACUGUUCUUUUACGUUACUCGGAACAUUAGAUAGAUAUUUAAUAGUAGAAUAGUAUUUGUAGUGUCAGUCCUGAAGUGAGGUCUGUGAGGUAAAUUCUGACCAUGCCUUAUCUACUGAACAGAUGUGAUUUAUUGAGAGCGCAGUUCAGGCGCCGUCACAGAAGGGAAUGAUUUGAGAUGUCUCUCACAUCACUCUCACUCCAUUUUCACAUUCAGAGGAUUUUUUAUUUACCCAGACUGUAGCAGGGGGUCUCAUGCCUUGUCCAACGACUUGGGAGGAAUCAUGCAGUCAGAAAUAUCCCAUAAAACCGCUAUGCCAGUAACGUUACGCUUAUGGGCCAAUUUAAGGGCUUCUGUUCUGUAUCAUUUUAACACACUUUACUACACGGUUCUGUAAACCUCUCCAAAAGCACAACACAGCAGGCGUACGUUAUACGUGCCUAGCGCAACUACUUUACCAUGGUCUUUUAGGGGCUCUUCUGUUAUCCCUUUAUUUACCUUUUGCAUUUCUCUAACCGUAUCAGAGCUCACGAUGCUCUCACCGCUGUGCAUUUCACAGUGUGUGACUGCACAUGAACAUGCACAGACAAACACACCAGACCAGUUCUAACAUCUGAGAUGCAGCAGCCGUAGCUUGAACACUGUAUCAUGUGCCAAGACGACACUUCCAGUGUUUUUUUUUUCCCCAAGAAAAAAGCACAAGAAAUAAUCCAGAAGCACAGUGGUGUCAAACACACUUUUGAUAAAAGACAGAAAUAUCUACAGUGUUUAUAUCUUCAUUUCAGGUUUGUGAGGGUUUUCAAUGCUGAACAUGCAGCUCUGGCCUGCUGUAGCCUCUGUGUAUUGGUUGCCUUAAGUUCUAUAGACUAUGUUAGGCUGUUUCAUCGUAGUGUUAUGACUUGUCGGUGUCUUAGAGUCAGUUGUCAGCACAACGUGUGUGUAUUUUUCCCUUUUCGGAAACAACCUACUUUAUCAUCCAGUGUGUGAUCAUUCAGGUUGUGUUAGUGAAGACAGUGCCUGCGCUGCCUAUAGUGAGUCUGACCACUACUCAUAAGAACUCUUACACCUUAUAUCAAAACAUAAAAUAAUUUGCUGGUAUGUUUAUGAAAACACUUUACUUUUAGUUAAACCAUUCUAUCCCAGGCUGAUGAUCUGGGUAUCUGCCCCUCAUUUUAUAUCGCAUCUGCGUUUUCACGAGUUUUCAACAAUCGCAGAAGUAUUGUCUGAUAGAAGUUAAUACUAAAACCUAUUUCAUCACAAUUGCAAAAAUUCCAAAGUGACGUAAAGAAGCUGCGUUCUGUUUGGUGGUUUAAUGGUAUGUCAGAUUUUGUAGUGCAUUGAAAAAAGAAAGCAAAGGGAAAAUAGCCCUUACGUAAAUGCUCAUCAGAUGUGACAUUUGCAAAUGUCAUCUCCCAUCCUUUAGGGGCCAAGAAUCCUGAGGCCCAGAUGUGGUUAGUAGGACUGACAGUGCUUCGGUGACAGAUGUUCUCUGAUGAGAUAGAUGGGAGUCUACUGUGUCUCCUCAUUCAUGUUCCUUACACAUGAGAAUUGGGUAUUGUGUCCUGAAGUGUGUGAAAUCUGAUCUCUUCAGAUAUUAAUAGUGUUUACCGAGAGCUCAGGCUUUUUGUUCAUGUUUUCAAGAUACGCAUAGUAAUGUUUUUGAAGAUUCACGUUCUUACACCUCAUGCUGUUACCUCAUUCAGGUUGAUGAAACCCUUAAGUAAAAUCAAGGAUAGAUUAUUGCAAUGUGAAAAUAUCAGUGCUUAAUCUAAUGUCCUUAACUAUAA